ACACAUUAGUAAGAAGUUUCCUCUCUCUCUUUCUUUUUUGUUUCUUGUCUUUCCAGCUAAGGAAUUCGCUCAAACAAAAACCAGUCAUGUAUCAUUGCCUGGAUAAGCAGAGAAGACAGCCCCACAAAAUUCACCAUGAAAACUUCUCACUAUUUCAUUCUCCUUUUCAUCCUAUCAUCACUCUCUCUAUUCACCGCUAACUCUAAGCCUUGCAAUCAAACAAGAAGAAUCCUCCACCAGCCAUUGUUCCCGGAGGUCUCUGCUCCGCCGCCCACCACCCCGCCGCCCGACAUUCCCUCUUCUCCCGACAUUCCCUUCUUUAAUGAGUACCCAACUGGGCAGCCCCCGCCGGUGCAGAAUCUCCCGCCGGCGACAACCUCCAGCGGCGUGAUCGCCAACCCGACGGCCACGCAGCCGACGAAGCCGGCGAAGAAGGUGGCGAUUGCGAUCUCCGUGGGAAUUGUGACGCUGGGAAUGUUCUCUGCAUUGGGAUUCUUCUUAUACAGGCACAGAACGCACCACCCCGCGGAGACUCAGAAACUCGUUUCUCGGACUCGGACUCGGACUCGGACUCAGAGAGUUCUAGAAGAUUCUCCGCGGGCCCCACCACCUUCCACCUUCCUCUACAUUGGGACCGUUGAGCCCGCUAGAACUUCGCUCAGCGAGCCCAACGGAGUAAACGCUAACACUUCCCCUUAUCGGAAGCUUGAUUCUAUUAAGCUCAAUUCCGACCACCGUUACCAGAGCCACUCUCCGGCGGCGGAAUUCUCCGACUCCUCCUCUUCCGAGGAGGAAAGCUGCGAGACGGCGUUUCACUCGCCGCACGGAUCCUCACUCGGCCGCGAAGAGAAUUUCUUCACGCCGGUUUCGCGCCACAGUUCUCUGGCCAACGGCAGCCCCGCCGCGGCUCCGGUGGUUCCUUUCUCGAAAAGAACUUCGCCGAAAUCUAGGUUUUCUGCUCCCUCGCCGGAUAUCAGAAACUUGACCGUGCCUUCCGUUAAGCAUUCUCCGGCGCCGGUCAAAUAUCAGCACGUGGAGAAAGAAGUGAGUUCAGGUCCUUUUAGAAGGCCGAAAUUCUCAUCGCCUCCUCCAGCACUGAAUUUGACUCAUCUUCAUUCAAACGACUCCACCACAUUACUUAAGCCUCCUCCUCCUCCUCCGCCUCCGCCGCCUCCGCCGCGUUGGUCUCCGUCAGUUAGUGUUUCUUCGUCCUCUAAGCACCAAAAAUCUCGGUCUCUAAAUGAAGGAGGGGCUUCUGCUAACGUUGUUAGUUUAAGGAAAGGUUCAUCAGAGGAAAUUGACCAAAGGCAUGCGGGUGAUGACGUGGAUGGAGCGAAACCUAAGUUGAAGGCUCUGCAUUGGGAUAAAGUGUGUGCUACUUCGGACCGUGCCACUGUGUGGGACCAGUUAAAAUCUAGUUCCUUUCAGUUAAAUGAGGACAUGAUGGAGACCCUGUUUGGCUGCAAUUCUUAUUCCACAAGUUCUGCUUUUAAAGAGACUGUUACUAGAAAGUCGGUUCUUCCUCCUGUUGAACCGGAGAAUAGGGUCUUAGACCCCAAAAAAUCCCAAAACAUAGCUAUACUACUCAGGGCACUCAAUGUCACAAGAGAUGAGGUCUGCGAAGCUCUUUUAGAUGGAAACCCUGAAGGUUUGGGAACCGAGCUAUUGGAGACUCUAGUAAAGAUGGCUCUAACAAAGGAGGAAGAAAUAAAACUCAAAAAUUAUGAUGGUGAUCUCGCAAGACUUGGGUCUGCAGAAAGAUUUCUUAAAGCAGUGCUUGAUAUCCCUUUAGCUUUUAAAAGAAUUGAAGCCAUGCUGUACAGAGCUAAUUUUGAAACUGAAGUUAACUACCUUAGGAAGUCCUUUCAGAACUUGGAGGCAGCAAGUGAGGAAUUAAAAAACAGUCGGUUAUUCUUCAAACUUCUUGAAGCUGUUCUAAGGACAGGAAACAGAAUGAAUGUAGGCACCAAUCGUGGUGAUGCUAAAUCUUUCAAACUGGACACACUUCUAAAACUUGUAGAUAUAAAGGGCACAGAUGGAAAAACAACACUGCUCCAUUUUGUGGUCCAAGAGAUCAUUAGAUCUGAAGGAACAGGUGGUGAAUCUGCUAAUGAGAAUGUUCAAAAUCAAACAACUUCCCAAUUCAAUGAGGAUGAGUUCAAAAAGAAAGGAUUGCAGGUUGUGGCCGGACUGAGUAGAGACCUUGGAAAUGUCAAAAAGGCAGCGGGAAUGGACUCGGAUGUUUUAAGCAGUUAUGUCUCAAAGCUUGAAAUGGGACUUGAUAAAGUGAGAUUAGUUUUGCAGUGUAAAAAGCCAGAUAUGCAUGGGAAUUUCUUCAACACAACUGGGCUAUUUCUGAAAGAUGCUGAAGAGGAAAUUGUUAAGAUCAAAGCUGAUGAGAGAAAGGCCUUAUUCCUUGUGAAAGAAGUUACAAAAUACUUUCAUGGGGAUGCAGCAAAGGAAGAAGCACACCCUUUAAGAAUUUUUAUGAUUGUAAGAGACUUUCUAAAUAUUUUGGAUCAAGUCUGCAAAGAAGUGGGAAGGAUGCAGGAUAGAACUGUAAUUGGUUCAGCUAGGUCCUUCAGGAUAGCCGCAAGUGCAUCAUUACCUGUACUCAGCAGGUACCAUGCAAGACAAGAUAGAAGUUCAGACGAGGAAAGUUUAUCCCCCUAGUGUUGUGAAUACGAAAGAAAUAAUAGUGUCUUAGGAUAACAGUGAAAGUAAAUGAAUGUUUCCCAAAUUUAAGUUAACUGCCCCCAUUCCACCUGUAGGUCCAUAGGUAUAAACUUCAACAGGAUUUCAACCAAUACCGAGAGAAGUCCAUCCGCAAGAUAUAGUGAAGGAGGGACAUCUUUCCUUGAGAUUGAACAUCAAACACUUACAGGCAUCGUGGGGGAGAGAAUAAACUAUUGACAGAAUUUGUUCCUUGUUUA